AUGUUCCAGGGGCCCGAGAGCGAAGGCGGCCGGGCCGGCUCCAGGACCCUGAAAGCCCCAGGUGGAGACUCCAGCAACCUCUUUGGGAGUCCAGAAGAAGCUGUUCCUUCCAGCAGGCCCAAUAGGAUGGCCUCCAAUAUCUUUGGACCAAUCGAAGAGCCCCAGAACAUCCCCAAGAGGACAAACCCCCCAGGUGGGAAAGGAAGUGGAAUCUUUGAUGAGUCGAUGCCUGUGCAGACUCGGCAGCGUGUGAACCCACCUGGUGGGAAGACCAGUGACAUUUUUGGAUCCCCAGUCACUUCCACCUCACCCUUGGCACAUCCAAACAAACCUAAGGAUCACAUUAUGUUGCGUGAAGGAGAAGACUCAAAACCAGACCUUCCAGCCAUGCCAAGCACUCCCCAAAGAGAGGGACCGGGUGAAAAGGGCAGCACAAGAGACCAGGACCCCACCAAGGAGCCAGAGCCCACGACCAGGAUUGACAACCACGAACCCCGCUUGGGGCCAAGACCGCGUUCCCACAACAAAGUUCUGAACCCUCCUGGAGGCAAGUCCAGCAUCUCCUUCUACUGA